GGGACAGCCGCCCUUCUGCGCAUGCGCAGUGACGGCGCGGCCUGUCCUCCCCGCAGCUCACUUCCACCUUCCGGGACUGCGAGGGGGCGGGCGCGCUCCGAGCAGCCAAUCAGCGGCGCCCACGACCCUCCCCACACGAGUCGGAGCCGUCGGGCCGGGGCGCCGCCAGUGCGGCCGCGGGUGUCGGCGGCGAUGGUGUCAGCUGCGGGCUCUGCCGGCCGCUUAGGCUCCGCGCUGCCCUUCCUGCUUGUGCUCCUCGACCUGCAGUACCAGGGAGCUGAGUGUGGAAUAAAUGCCGAAGUAGAAAGGCAGCUUGAAAUGGGGAAGAAGUUAUUGGCUGCUGGACAACUAGCAGAUGCCCUGUCUCAUUUUCACGCGGCUAUAGAGGGAGACUCUGAUAACUACAUUGCUUAUUACAGAAGAGCCACAGUGUACUUAGCCAUGGGCAAAUCUAAAGCAGCAAUUCGUGAUUUAAGUAAAGUGGUUGAAUUAAAGCAGGACUUCACAUCCGCAAGAUUACAGAGGGGACAUCUACUGCUCAAGCAAGGAAAGUUUGAUGAAGCAGAAGAUGACUUUAAAAAUGUGCUCAAAUCCAAUCCCAGCAAUAAUGAGGAAAAAGAAGCCCAAUCUCAGCUGACGAAAUCUGAUGAGCUUCAGCGCCUGUAUUCACAAGCAUUGUCUGCAUACCAGCAAGAGGAUUAUGAAGCUGCAAUUCCUCUUCUUGAUGAAAUCUUGGCAGUUUGUGUUUGGGAUGCAGAGCUACGGGAACUUCGAGCUGAGUGCUAUAUAAAAGAAGGGGAGCCAAGCAAAGCAAUUAGCGACUUGAAAGCCGCUGCCAAAUUAAAGAGUGAUAACACCGAAGCCUUCUAUAAAAUCAGCAGAAUAUAUUAUCAGCUGGGGGACCAUGAAUUAUCGCUCAGUGAAGUCCGGGAAUGUCUGAAGCUUGACCAAGACCAUAAGCAGUGUUUCUCUCUUUAUAAACAAGUAAAGAAACUCAAUAAGCAGAUUGAGUCAGCAGAGGAAUUCAUCAGAGAAGGCAGAUACGAAGAUGCUAUCAGUAAAUAUGAGUCUGUAAUGAGAACUGAGCCGGAUGUCCCAGUUUAUGCUACUCGUGCCAAAGAAAGGAUCUGUCACUGUUUAUCAAAGAAUCAGCAGGCUACAGAAGCCAUAACAGUUUGUACGCAAGUUCUGCAACUGGAACCAACCAAUGUGAAUGCUCUGAAAGACAGAGCAGAAGCUUAUUUGCUGGAAGACCUUUAUGAAGAAGCUAUUAAAGACUACGAAACGGCUCAAGCCAACAGUGAAAAUGACCAGCAAAUUCGAGAGGGGCUGGAAAGAGCUCAGAGAAUGUUGAAGCAAUCACAGAAGAGAGAUUACUAUAAAAUUUUAGGAGUAAAAAGAAGUGCAAGAAAGCAAGAAAUCAUAAAAGCUUACAGAAAGCUGGCAUCCCAGUGGCACCCUGACAACUUCCAGAGCGAGGAAGAAAAGAAGAAAGCAGAGAAAAAAUUCAUUGAUAUAGCAGCUGCUAAGGAAGUCCUUACUGACCCAGAAAUGAGGCGGAAGUUUGACGCUGGGGAGGACCCCCUGGAUGCAGAGAGUCAGCAGGGUGGAGGCAACCCCUUCCACAGGAACUGGAACACGUGGCAAGGAUUCAACCCCUUUGGUUCUGGAGGAGGACCAUUUACAUUCAAAUUUCACUUCAGUUAGAGCCAGGACUGUUUCAGGUGGCUGCUGCUGUUUUUUACUUAAUUUGUUCAAAAAAUCAAAAUAAAAACUCUCUCAGUUCAAGACCCAAAAAAAAAAAAAAUUUAAUUUCUGAUGUUGUCCUUAUCCCAGAGUCUUACUGCACUAGAAGAAAGCUACUCCUUUCUUUUAGUAUUUAAAACAAAUUUGUGGUGAGCUUGACAACUUAUACUGGUGGGGGGAGGUUGAAUGAAUAAGGGUUUUGUUAUUGCCUAUGUUUUUGUUGUGGAUAUGCAGGAGACGUUUUUCCCAUCCGUAGGAAUGAACAAUAAGAGGCUAUUUAGGACAACACUUAAAUGCAGCUUUAGGACUCAAGUAUAUGCUUACAGGUAAAAAUGCAUGUAAAUAUUUUUUCUGAAUUGGGGCCUAAUAAAUGUGGGAAGGGUAGUUACAGUAGUCUCUGCGUUAACAAAUUGUUUGUCAUUGUGCUCAGCAGAACGAUCCAUUUCUCAGUAUUCUUUAAAGGAAACCCAUCGUAUUACUGUGGGCAGUGCCAUAGGGAGGGGAAGAGGCUGUGUACUGGCUGAGCCCCAGCAAUCUCUUACAAAGAGGAUCUCUUGUCAGUAAUGAUUUUGCAUUUUUGAGGAGUUUGCACUUUAACAAAGUAUUGGGCUGAGAUCUGGGCAGAGCAGCGUGUUGUGAUGUUUCCCCCUCUGCAUCAAUUUGUUUCUUCUCUGAGCCAGCACAGGUAGUGAGGUGACUGUAUGUGAACUGCAGGAAUAACAUGCAAGCUAUCGCCCUUCCCCAUGUGAUAGAACUUCUCUUCUGUCGGGUGGUGCCACAGUGAAUUAAUGGUGAAGUACUUUGAAGCAGUUUUCUGUUUUGUGUAACAGCCACAGUGCUGCCUUUGUACCGGGUCUGACUUUGCAUCGGCCAGAGGUCUGUUGUAGUUCUGCAUGUGGGCACAACUGGAAUAGUGCGAUGGUGGAACUGUGUGAGAUGGGAGGCCUUCCUAGGGCUGCAGUUGCUGCAGGUGGGGUGCUCUACUCAUUCUCCACAUAUGUUGAAAUUACUGAUGAGUUUCACCAGCAGCUGCAUUCUUAGAAUGCAAAACAUUUGCAAUUCUUUAAUUGACCAACUUAAAUUUUAACUGGACAACUAUAAUCGGUCAGUAGGGAUCUCCUUCCACUUUGUUUUGUGGCAUUUAAGAGCAUGAGCAGCCUCAGUUCAACAAAGCAAAUGAAAUCUUUUAUCUGAAUGUGUAUGCAUAUAUUUUUUUAAUUACUGUAAGUGCAGUUGCUUUUGAAGCACAGCCCUUUUGAAGCACAGCCUCAAGUACUUCACAAACCAAACUGUGGCUUUGGAAAGUGAUGUUUUUCUUUUUUCAACAGCAAUUUAAAGGCCAGCAGAAACUUAUCUUCAGGCUGAUGGAGAGUGUGUGUGGGGAUUUCCAGUAGUUGAUGGCACAACAGCACUGUGGCAUCCUAUUAAAGUUCAGCAUCAGAUAUGUUCAAGUUGAAUGACUUCCUAGAAGUCUGGCUUCUGCUUUUGACACUUCUGAAGUGUUUCUGUUUAAAUUCAGUAGCAGCCUAGGAUGCUGUUCGUGCUCUUGUGAUGUCAGUGGAGCUCUUGUUGAACCUUGGGCACAGGCAUAGGAGCUCACUGCACAGCCCACACCCAGAUGCUGUCCUGUGGUGCUGGCUGGUCCAGGCAGCUCUCCCACAUGUUUCUGCUCACCAUGAGCAGAAGCUGAAUCCCCUUCUGAGCCACAGCCCCUGGGUUGUUGCCAGCCCUUGCUAUGGUGCAGCAGAGCCAAGGGCCCAUGGUAUGCAGCUAUGUGUUUGUGUGCUGGCCACUGCUUGGCACAGUUCUGUGCCACCUUGCUCGCUGUAGGAGGGGCUGGUUUAAAUACUCCUUAAUGAGCAGUGUAAGCAAUACACUGUGAUUCUGUAGAUAGAGCUGUGUUUGGCUGCAGGAAGUCACAAUAAAUACCACAGUAGAUCAGUCUGUGUGCUGGAAAAGUGAUAUUUGGAGGGACUGCCCUCGUGCAGCCUUUUAUUCUUAUCAAUCUUCCUCUUCUGUUUUAAAAGCUAUGACUGAGAGAUAUUUUCCUUUUUAUUUCUUUUCUUUGUUGUUGGAAAGGAGUGAGGUGGUCCCUCAUAGGUAAACUGUUCAUAUAAGGGAUUGGUAUUAUAGCUGUGCAUAUUCCUUUCUUUAAUGCAGCGGAUGCUUCUAUAUGGUGGAAGCAGUUGGGAACAGAAAGGACUAUGUUUAAUUCUGAUAGUGAAUGGCAAAGGGAAAAUUGCAUAUUGUUCAGGGGGAAGGCUUGAAUCCAGUCAGCGGGAGAUGAUUAAUGCUUGAAUGCUGUUCAUAGAUAUCUCUUGUGAAAAACAGUGUCUUGAAAAAUGAAGAAAAAAGGAUGAUGACAGAGAAUGAGGCUUUCUGGUACCAAGCAGCUGUGUUAGCACCAGUGCUGCUAAGCGAGCAGAUGCUGGCUGUGAGGUACUUCUGACAACACGAGAAGACAAAAUUGUGCCCGAAAAGAAAGGAGAAGCUGUUCUGUUUGAAGGACUUUCAGAUGCAGCGAUGCGUUUCCUGAUGUGACUUCAGCACCGAGCACUGGCGGCAUGCGCUGUGUACAAGGAAGCUGAAUUCACCUUUUUAUUUAUAAUGGGUGUCUGUAGUGCAAUAAUGUUCAGUAACCCAACAUGGAAAAUAAGUCUCGGUGGUUUGUGAAGCCUGAGAUGUGCGUGAAGCAUCGUUACAGCAACGGGCCUCUGUGGAGAUACACAGUUUUUAUGUUGAAUUCUGUCUUGCGGUUUGUCGAAACCGCUUCCCAGCUUGUUUCUAAAUGAAGGAGGGGAGCUGUGGCUUAUCUUGCUUUGAGGUAUGCUUAGUACUGAUGCGCUGUAAAUCAGUAUUAAACUGGAUGCAGAGCGAAUUAUAAAUGUUAAGAGCUUCAACUUGUGACAGAAAACCUGUUAGCUUAAAAAAAAAACCAACAAAACACAACAAAACAAUAAUAAUAAUAAAAGCAAAAGCUUGUUAUCAUUUCAGCCUCCAGACCAAUGCUUGGAAUGAGGAUUACUCGUCUGUUUCAGGCUGUGAUUUGUAGGAGCUUUGCUGGGCAUUAGCCAGUAUAGCGUAGCAGGUUGGUUGUAUUUAAAAGUGCCUUACUGUAAGGUAUGGUUUGUUUGCUCUGUAAUACACACUCUUGUCCAUAAAAAAAAAAAAAAAAGAAAAAAAAUGGGAGAAUCUUUUCUUUGCCCACUGCAAAUUUUGAAGUAACGGUUUUGUUUUGAGAAGGAUAAGUUAGCUGGAGAUUUAUCUGACGUCUCAAAUUAUGUCUUUAUAUUAAAUCGUAAAUCUUAAAAGCAAGAACUGUUUGUUUUUCUAGGACGGUGGGAAUUAUUUUAUGGUAUUUUUCACAAUAAAGAUAUUUAUGAUGACAAGAAA